UCGAGUCACUGCUACGUAUCGCUGUAGUCCGGCCGUUGUACCUAAGACACCGAGUCAUUAUCGUGAACACGUUACUUUUUAGCAGCAUGUACAAAUGUUAGAACAGAAGGAUAAACAUGAAACGAAUAAUAUAUCUCCAUUUAUUUUAUUUUUACACGUUAAUAGCAUAUUGUAAUGCCGAAGAUAUUUUAGGGUGUGGUGGAUUUUUAAAAAGUCACACCGAUAUCGAUUUUGCAAAAGUUCUGAUAAAAUUAUACACGAAGGCUGGCAGCCUUAAGGAUUAUACAGAAUGUGCCCCUAAUAAUGGUUAUUACUUUCUUCCCUUAUACGAUAAAGGAGAAUAUAUUUUAAAGGUAGAUCCACCCAAAGGAUGGAGUUUUGAACCUACAGAAAUUAUACUGAAUGUGGAUGGAACUACUGACGCGUGCAGUCAAGGCAAAGAUAUCAACUUUACUUUCAAAGGUUUUGGUAUCACAGGCAGGGUUAUCAGUUUAGGGUCAGAUUCUGGACCUAAAGGAGUUACUGUCACAUUAUAUAAAGAAAGCAACCUACAGGUACCUGUUGGUACAACCACUACGACAGAAGGUGGUACCUUCUAUUUUACUCCAUUACAACAUGGACGAUAUGUACUUGUCGCGUCGCAUCCUACUUGGAUGUUUAAAACAGAUACUGUCAAAGUAACGGUACAAGAAGGUAAUAUGGAACUCCCAGAUGGUAGUUUAGUUAUUUUUGGAUACGAUGUAAGUGGCAAAGUUGCUAGCGAAGAAGAAGCUGUCAGCGGUGUAUCUUUUCUUCUAUUUGGCAAUGGCGUGGCUAAAAAUUGUGCACUGCCCAAUAACAAAAAUAUAGGCAAUCUACAACCUCUCUGUUACGUUGUAUCAGACAAAAGUGGUAAAUUCGUGCUUCCAAGUUUAUCGCCUGGCGAAUACACGCUUGCGGUAUACGAUACCGGUGAUCAAACUAAAUUUCACGUAGAACCGAAUAAAUUGCUUUUCGAAGUGCAUCACAAUAGUGUCGUGCUACAAGAUUUUAAAGUGACUGGCUUUACCGUUCACGGUGUCGUAAGUACCGCCGUAAAUGGAGAACCUCUAGCAGGAGCAAAAGUUUUACUUUCUCAGAAGAAAGUCGCUAUAACGGACGAUAAAGGAAAAUACGAAUUAAGUCAAAUGAAAGCUGGUCAAUAUACUUUGAAAGUUGAAAGCGAGGACCUGUUGUUCAAUGAGAUAUCAGUCAAGAUUUCUCCCAGUUCUACACAACUUCCUGUUCUAAUACCAGCAGCGUAUAAAGUGUGCGGCAAAGUUACCCUAUCCGCGAAAGGUACUUUACAUCAUCGAAAAGUUGCCAUACAGAAUACCGCAGCUACGUUUAACAAAGAGAUAGACACAGAUCCGAAAACAGGAGAAUUUUGUUUAUACCUUGCCCCUGAUAGAUAUCAGUUAAGCGUUAUCGUAAACGCCGAAGAAAGAGCCGAAGGCUUACAAUUUUUCCCGUUGCAACAAACCAUCGAUGUGUCAUCUCGACCAGUGCGAAAUGUAGACUUUUUACAAUUGAAAGCAACGUUAACGGGCACGGUGAAAUGUUUAGCCGGCACUGAUUGCAGUCAAGCUUCUGUCACGUUAAAGGUACUCGAUGGAAUCACGAUAAAGACGAUUCAAUCAAAGGUUAUUUUUUAUCACACAGAUGGCCAUUAUCAGUUUACGGACGUUUUGCCCGGUCAUUACGAAAUCUUGAUCGAUAACGAUAUAUUUUGCUGGGCAAAUCCAAGUUACAGGUUUUCUGUAACUUCGGAGCGAGCCGAAUUACCGGCCUUCGAACAAACUGGAUUUUCUGUUACCUUCAUAUCUUCUCACGAUACCGUUGUCGAGUAUUCGGAACCGAAAGAUCCGAAAGCAAAAAAAUUAACUUUAACUUUGAAUAAAGGAAGUACAAAGCACUGCGUAUCCGAACCUGGAACGUACACGUUCGUUCCGAGGAGCUGUCACGUUUACGACAAAACGUCGUACACGUGGGAUACCAACGCCCUUUCUCCCAUUUUAUUGCAUUCGACGGAACAUAGUCACAAGGGAAGCAUUUUAAGUAGCUCUUCGUUAGACGGAAUAAAAGUAAAGAUCGAAAAUGGAGGUGACGUUACGACACUUGGACCAUUGAAAUCGGUGCAACAAGAAAAUUCAUAUAAAUACGAAUUCGAGUUCAAAGCAAAAACGGACAACGUAUACAGUAUAACGCCCCUGUCCGACGUUCUCCUCUUUACUCCUCCGUCGUUAAAAGUAUUAGGCGUGAACGAUUGUCAAAAUGACAUUGCUACAUUCAUCGGGGAUAUGGGAAAGAUCAUUGCUGGUAGAAUCGAUCCAGCAUUAGAAGGAGUCACGAUACAGAUAUUUGGAAACGACAAAAGUUCACCUAUACAUACGCUGGUUACGCAAAAGGAUGGAAAGUACAAUGUUGGUCCCUUAGACGGAAAAAUAGACUAUAGCGUUACCGCGAAGAAGGAAGGUUUCGUGAUAACUGGACCCGAUUCCAACGGAGUAUUUUCAGCUCACAAGUUAGCCGAAAUUAUCGUACAAGUUUCUGAUCAAGCAGACAAUGCUUCGUUACAGGGUGUUUUAUUAUCCUUGUCCGGUGGACAAAGUUACCGAAAAAACAGCGUAACCGGCGAAGACGGAAAAUUGAUUUUCCAUUCUCUUUUCCCCGGUGAAUACUAUUUGAGACCGAUGAUGAAAGAAUAUCGUUUCGAUCCUUCGUCGAAAAUGAUCAAAGUCGCGGAAGGUGCAACCGUGAGGGUGAAUCUUUUCGGCAAAAGAGUCGCUUUUAGCGCGUAUGGUUCUGUGACUUCUCUAAACGGUGAGCCCGAAGCUGGUUUAUUGGUGGAAAUCCAAGGCCAAGGAGAUUGCGAUGAUCUUCAAGAAGAAGCGACCACCGAAGAAAAUGGCAACUUCCGAAUUAGAGGACUUCAACCUACGUGUACCUACGUGUUUCGGUUGAAACCUAACGCAGAAGUUAACGCGCACAUUCAACGCACUAGUCCGGAGUCCAUAACGAUAAAAACUGCAACGGACAUUCGCGGGCUUCGUUUGGUCGCGUUUCAUCCGAUACCGCGCACCGACGUUUCGGUACACGUUGUGUCUGUACAGCCGGAACACUAUCGGACGUUAAAAGUAAAGCUCUGCAGAGAAGAUAUGCCCGAUUCUCCGAUACACACGGCAAAAUUGGAGGCUCAACAGUUUAGUAAAAUCGGUAGUGCUUACAAUGCCGGUUUUCUCGUACAUCUACCGCCGUUACAGGCAGACGGUAGAAAGUAUUUUGUACAAUUGGAGUCUUCGUUGUCCCAUACGUUGCACAAGUACAGAACUGUACCGUUUUAUUUCGAGGCGAACUCGUCGUUCAAAUACGUGAAGUUGACGUUCAACGCGGAACGAAAAAUUGAUCAAAGCGACAUGAAUCAAACGUCCAUAAUCGCGUUACCUUUCAUCGUGCUCGUCACAAUCGCGUUCUUUAAUCGAGAAAAACUGUGGUUAUGGCUGAGCGCUUUGAUCGAAAGGUGGUCGAAACCGACUCCGAAUACCAGAACUCCGAUUCAGGCGGUUCCUAUAGAUCCGAGAACCGACGAUAUCAUUGUCGAACAAAUAAUGAACAUUAACAAGAGAAAGACCAAACCGCGUAAGACAUGAUCGGUACUUUAUCGAAUUCGUGAACAUUUAGUCGACACUGUGAAUUGUCAAUAAACGGACAAACUAACAAUAGUAUCAUGUAGGAUUUCCGCAUAAAUAGGAUUGGAACGCGGUUAUCGAGAGUAUCUACUCGCGAAGAAACGACGUUAAAUGCGUUUUAUAAUCUGUAAUAUUUUUAUUUCACCCUGUUUCGUCGUCGUAUACACACAUCGCACUCGCAUCACGGUCACGGGCAGAAUCAUUUAUGGCGCGAGGUAAGCCUAGAAAAGAAACGUCAAGAAUAUUUUUCUUCCUUACAAGAGUACAAUGGAAUAUAAAAAAUAAUGUUAUUUGACUUACAAUAGGAUUCGCUUGAAACAUACACUUCAUGAAAUUAAAAGCUUUCGCGCAUUUGUCCUUUCCACCUAAAAAGUUUAUGACGUUUUCAGUAAAAACGCAACCAGUUAAGUAGCAUGCGUGCACGCGUAGCGAGAUAAAAGACUCGUCGCAGUACUUACCGAUAUCUGAACAAGUAUCGAUCAUGUCGUCAAGUAUGUCUUUAUACACACUUGGUAUUGUUUUCCUCACUAUAUCGAAAUUCAUAUUGCCCUUUUUAUCCAUCUGAGUAAAAACAAAAGAACACCUUAAGCGGUUAUUUCUCUAUCAAACGCGAAAAGCGGCCGUACAACCAUACAUUACCACUUUAAACUUUUCUAGUGCACAUUUAAAAUAACAUUUCAAUCGGUCAUCAUCGGGAAACUGUCCGUAUUCGGUAUUUUCAACAUCCUCUGGAAUAAUAAAUACUGUUGCAUCAUAUUUGCGAA